CAGUUCUUUCUUUUUUGCUUACCUUCCAAAAACCCAGAAAACACAUAAAUUCUCCCACAACUCCGGCGACAAGGGUGACCCACUCACCCACCAUUCCCCAUUUUGAAUCUUUGACUGACCCAUCACAAUUCACAAGUCCUAAACUCUUGAUCUCAGUAAGUAAUGGCGAUGUAUAUCGUAUCCCGGCGACUAUCAGCUGGAUCUACCACCUCUCUCCGUUACUCCACCUGCUGGAGAUCAUUCUCCACUUCGUUUAGGGAAGAACGGGACACUUUCGGCCCCAUUAAUGUCCCCUCCGAUAAAUUGUGGGGAGCGCAGACUCAGAGAUCGUUACAGAAUUUUGAUAUAGGGGGCGAGCGUGAACGGAUGCCUGAACCUAUUAUUCGUGCCUUCGGUGUUCUCAAGAAGUGUGCUGCUAAGGUUAACAUGGAGUAUGGUCUUGAUCCAACCAUUGGGAAGGCCAUAAUGCAAGCAGCUGAUGAAGUAGCCGAAGGAGAACUCAACGAUCACUUUCCACUUGUCGUUUGGCAAACUGGUAGUGGCACCCAGAGUAACAUGAAUGCCAAUGAGGUUAUUGCUAAUAGAGCAGCUGAGAUCCUUGGGCAUAAGCGUGGUGAAAAGUAUGUGCACCCAAAUGAUCAUGUGAACCGAUCCCAAUCUUCUAAUGACACAUUCCCCACUGUAAUGCACAUUGCAGCUGCUACGGAAAUAAACUCAAGAUUAAUGCCCAAGUUGAAAGUUUUGCAUUCUGCUCUACAUUCAAAGUCUGUCGAAUUCAAAGAUAUUGUCAAAAUCGGUCGCACUCACACUCAAGACGCAACACCUUUGACUCUUGGUCAAGAGUUUAGUGGCUAUACUACACAAGUCAAGUAUGGAAUUGAUCGAGUUUUGUGCACCCUUCCACGCAUGUAUCAGCUUGCCCAAGGUGGUACUGCUGUGGGAACUGGAUUGAAUACAAAGAAAGGGUUUGAUGUAAAAAUAGCUGCUGCUGUAGCCGAGGAAACAAACUUGCCAUUUGUCACAGCAGAAAAUAAGUUCGAAGCUUUGGCUGCACACGAUGCCUUUGUUGAAACCAGUGGAGCCCUAAACACUAUAGCUACAUCCCUGAUGAAGGUUUCUAAUGACAUACGUUUACUGGGAAGUGGUCCCCGAUGUGGCCUUGGUGAGCUCAUUCUUCCUGAAAAUGAGCCAGGCAGCAGUAUUAUGCCUGGUAAGGUGAACCCUACCCAAUGUGAGGCUCUUACUAUGGUCUGCGCCCAGGUAAUGGGUAACCAUGUUGCUAUCACAGUGGGUGGAUCAAACGGCCACUUUGAAUUGAAUGUGUUCAAGCCAAUGAUUGCUACUGCACUUCUGCAUUCAUUAAGAUUGCUGGGUGAUGCAUCUGCAUCGUUCGAAAAGAACUGUGUUAAGGGGAUUCAAGCUAAUAGGGAAAGAAUUUCAAAAUUACUGCAUGAGUCUCUAAUGCUUGUCACAUCCUUGAACCCUAAAAUUGGUUACGACAACGCUGCAGCAGUUGCCAAGAAAGCACAUAAGGAGGGAUGCACUUUGAAGGAAGCAGCAUUGAAGAGUGGUGUGCUGACAUGCGAAGAAUUCGACAAUCUUGUGGUGCCUAAGAAGAUGAUUGGACCAUCUGAUUGAAGCUUUUUUUAGCGUAGAUUUUAAUUUUGAGACGGCCGGACAGAAUCCGACCGUGAUUUGCUUGGUGUUCUGGUAAUGGAACACAGGCUUUCCCAUUGGCAUGGAAUUGUUUGUGCAUUUAGUGUAGUGAAAUAGCCAUGGAUUGACUAAUAAGGGGAAAGCCUCCCAUAUUUUUGUUGAGGGACUGAUUGAAGGAAAGUUAAAUGCCAAAUAAAAGAAAGGGCAUC